CUUUAAUUAUGAGAACAACUCCAAAUAGUGUGAAAGAAACAGCUUCUAAGGUGUCUACUUAGGAUUAUAAAAAAUAACAAUCUCAACCUGUAUUUAAUUUUAAAUAUAUUUGAGACUGUUAGUAUACCAGAAUCUAGUUAAUUGUUUCAUAUACCAUAAAAGUAUUGUUAACAGAGAUUCAAACCUUAACCAACAAUUUCAAAAUCUAUUGAAGAGAAGAGAUAUAAGGGAAAUAAGAAUAAUUUAUCAGAAAUAAACAAUAGAACUAACAGUAGUUCUAAAAGUCGUAUAUCAGCAUUUACAAGCAAUCAAAAUGAAGAUGAAUAAAUUUAUAGUUCAUAAAACGCUUUGAAAUUAAAAAAAAUAAUAGGAGAUUCAUAGAUUAUGAAUCCUCAUUUAUAGAUGUAGAAUUUAAUAAAAAGACAUUUUUAGCUCAAAAUCUAAUUUGACAUUUGAUUCAACAAGUCCAAGAGCAAGAUAGAAUAAAUCGGCUUAUAAAAAGUAAAAUGAUUUUGAUAUAGCUAAAAUUAAUAUGUUGAGAGAAAAAACUUUAAUGCAAAAAAAGGCUUACUAACUUCAAUUAAGUUAAUCUAAAGGAUUGAUGGAUUAAUUGCUGAAUUUAGAUAAACAAAUAUAAGGAACAGUUUAAGAACAAUAGAAAAAAUUAUUGUAUUUAAAAUCUAGAGGUGUAUGGGAACCAUUUAAAGAUAUGUUUACUAAGUAAUUUGCUAGAACAUCAAUGUAAUAUAAAUCCUCUUUAAAUUCUUUGUAAAUACAGGUAAGAGAAAUAGAAUAAUAAUGGUAAGAUGUAACAAUGAAUAUUACAAAUAAUUUAUUCGAAUUGAUGUAAAACUCAGCUGUUUUAAUGUCAUAUGAAUAAGACGUAAAAUUAAAUGAAUUGGUAGAACAAAUGAGAAGGGAAAGAGAUAUUUGGUAAAAUAAUUAUAAAUCCCUUGAACAAGAGAGAGACAUUUUAUUAGAAACAGUAUCUUAAUUAAAAUAAACAUUAGAGAAGUUCAAACCUUAAAAUUAAUAAGAAAAGAAAGCAUAAGAUUUAGAAUCAUUGGAAACUCAUUAGUUGAAAGAAAUGGCAACAUUAAUGUAACAAAAAAUUUAAGAAAUGUCAGAUAAGGAAUCAAAAUUAAUAAAAUUAGUAAAAGCUAUAAAAAGAUCAGGAGUAGACAUAGAAAAAAUAUAUAAUGAGGAAGUCUUGAACGAAGAUUCAAUAUCAGAAUAGUAGACAUAAUCAAUAAGAGAUAAAAAGUAAGCUAAAAUUUCAAUUAUUAGAGAUUAAAAUGCCAAAUUAGAAAAGAGCUUUAACGAUGCAGAUAAUUCUGUAGUUAAUGAUUCUGAUGAAUCAAGUUUCCAAUAUGAUGGAAGGCUGGAUAAUGAAAGUAUAGUGGAAAGUAUUAGAAGAUUUGAAAAUAGAAAUUAAAAUAAUACAUAUGCAACAGAAAGUAAAAGUUCUAUAAGGAUGAAGAUUGAUUUAUCAAAAUGCAAUUAAAAUUAAAAAAAAAUGCAAUAAUUCUAGGAGUUACAACAACUAGAAUAAGCUAAAAAACAAUAGUAGCAAUAAUAGAAUAUGAAUAAGCUGAAAGUACCUGAAUUGGAUCCUGUAGGAUUUCAUUCUGAGUUUAUGUUGAAGAUCAACGAGUUCUCGGAGAGUUGGAGACUUUAGAUGUUAAAUGAUUAGAAAAAGAUAGAGCCCUGAUAUAAUAUAAAUUUUGAUUAGUUAUUAUGAGCUUUUAAUUGAA